AUGUACGAUGUUAUCAAAUCGCCGUUAAGUCUGCUUCGUCGUAGUGGAGUGUGGUGGACCGGGUGGUGUGGCGGCGGCGCGGCGCAGUGCGGCGCUAUCGAGCGGGCGCGGCGCGGGGUGGCGCGGGGAGGGUGCAAGGAGGCGCGAGAGGGGCAGUCGAGGGGUGGCACGCGGCAGUGUGCUCGGAGCCCCCGGGAGCGCGGCAUGGGUGGCGCGCUGCUGCUCGCGCUGCUAGCGGCGGCGCGGGCUGAGCCCAACGCCACCGACGCGCUCGACAUCGGCUCCUCGCCGCCAUCAGAAGAGGAGAAGACCCCGCUCUUCCCCACAGACUUGUUCAGCGAGGAGCAGCGGCGCUCGGGUGCGGUACUCCUGCACGUUGUCGGCAUGGGGUACAUGUUUGUCGCGCUCGCUAUCGUGUGCGAUGAAUUCUUCGUGCCUGCACUUGACGUUAUCAUCGAGAGGCUGGCCAUCCGCGACGACGUGGCCGGCGCCACGUUCAUGGCGGCGGGAGGUUCCGCGCCAGAACUCUUCACCUCCAUAAUUGGCGUGUUUGUGUCGUUCGACGACGUGGGCAUCGGGACGAUCGUGGGCUCCGCGGUGUUCAAUAUAUUGUUUGUGAUCGGUGCGUGCGCGCUGUUUUCCCGCACAACUCUGACACUCACCUGGUGGCCGUUAUUCCGCGAUUGCUCCUUUUACUCGAUCAGCUUAUUGGUGUUAAUAUACUGUUUCCGGGACAGCCAUAUAUAUUGGCAGGAGGCGCUGGUGCUGUUCUCGUUGUAUGGCGCGUACGUGAUGUUCAUGCGGUGGAACCAGCCGGUGGAACGCGCGUUUAAGAAGCUCAUCUACAAGAACAAGGUGACGCGCGUGCGGAGUACUGAUCAGCUGAUGCCAACGGUAAGCUCGCCCGCACACACCCGCCCGCAUGCUGUGUUGCAGCAUCGCCGCAGAUUUGGUUAG